AUGAUAUUACUUAUCGCGAAGGUUGUUGGAAUUGCAGGGUUGUUUGACUUUUCUGGUGAGCCUGAGGUUAUUGGAAAAGAAAUUGUUAAGUGCAUGGAUUUGGCCAAGGAUGGGAUCCAUGCUGUUCUUUUAGUUUUGUCUGUGCGAACGCGGUUUUCAAGAGAAGAACUAGCUGCAGUGCAGAGCUUUCAGGAGUUCUUUGGGAACAAAAUUAGUGAUUACAUGAUUGUAGUUUUCACUGGAGGUGAUGAGCUUGAAGAUAGUGGUGAGACUUUGGACGGUUACUUAGGCCAUGACUGCCCUGAGCCUUUAAAGUUUAAUGCCAAGCAUUUUCACGCUGUGAUUGUGCAUAUGGUUUCUAAGCCGAGGUUCUACCGGAAACAACCUCUCUGCCUUCUUAAAGGUAGGGGUAACGAAACUCUUAAGUUAUGUGAUAAUAGGAAAGUGCUUUUUGACAACAAGACUAAAGAUCCAACAAAGAAAGACGACCAAUUGAAAGAACUUCUUUCGCUUGUGAAUCUGGUUUUGGAGAAGAAUGAUGGUGUACCAUAUACAAAUGAAUUGUUCAAGGAAUUACAGGCCAUGAAGAUUAGUUCCUUGAUUGGUGAUGCUGAGAACGGGAAAAAUGAGUCGACGGAACCAAUUCCCAAGUAUUAUGAGGAGAAAUUUACGCGACUAACUGAAGUGAUUGCUUCUUAG